CGUCCUGCACUGCCAUAUCGAAGGUCCGGAGCUGUAUUCAGGGCCCGGGUAAGUCCAGCAACGAGUAAUCAGGGAGGACGACGCGUCACGCCCGUGUAUUCCCUGUUCAGUACACACUCUCCCGCACUGCGUCCUCUAUUUUCUCAGCCAGUUCCGCGACAAUGGCGAUAUCUGCCAUGCGGCCCUCGAUGGGCGCCCUCGGCAGGAUAUCAUCAGCCUACAAUUCCUCCUCCUCCUCGUUACCAACCACCACCGCCAUCCUCCGCCCACUCACACAGACCGCCACCCUCUCGACGACGGCGUCCCUUUUGAAGCGGCACAAGUACCCUGGCGCGCGCGACAACAAGGACCACAGCAAGCACCGCGGCGAGUCGGCGGUCCGGCGCACGGGCACGCGCUGGCGGCUGUCCAUGUCGGACGAGCCGCUGCCGCGGCCCGUGCCGCGCGACCAGCUGCCGGCCAUCGAGACGGACCCCGACCACGGCCUGUGGGACUUCUUUCCCAACCGCACCACCGUCGCCAACACGCCCGAGGAGGACGCCAAGCACGGCCGCAGCUGGUCCGUCGAGGAGCUGCGCCACAAGUCGUGGGAUGACCUGCACCGCCUGUGGUGGGUGUGCGUCAAGGAGCGCAACCGCAUUGCCACGGCCAAUUGGGAGCGGAAUAAGAGCAAGCUUGGCUUUGGCGAGGCCGAGGCGCUGGGGAGGGAUCGUGAGGUCCGGGCUACGAUGCGCGCCAUCAAGCACACUUUGACCGAGCGUUUCUACACGUGGGAGGACGCUGUCAAACUGGCUGAGAACGACCCCGAGGUCGACCUUACGGGCAACGGCCCGGCGUUUGUCCCUAGGGACUACCUUGAGGAGGGCGAGACGGCUGCCGUAGAAGGGGAGCAGCAGAUCGCUGAGACGGCCCAGAACGCCGAAGCUGCUCCGGCUGCUGCUCUAGACCCGGUGACGAUAUCCUCCUCCAAGCCGCAGGCCGAGGCCCCAAGGUUAUGAGGAAACAGACUUGCAGUGUGGACUAUUGAAGGGCGGGUUUCACGGGCACCAACCCCUGGCGCAAGACCGGAACGAGUGCCGGUGCACUAUUAUCAGAUCUUCGCUGCCGGGUUCACAUGCUGACGCCGGAGCU